CUCCUGAACUCGGCAGCAGCAGUCGGCUCCUCUCCAUUUCAGUCCGCUCCGCUCUGUUUAUCGCCUCGCCGUCCACUCUGACCUUUUUACACCCGUUCCGGAGAAAUGGGAACGCCUUGAUUUAACCCCCGGCAUCGGCGAUAGAUACAGCUCAUCCCCCUUCAGUUGGACCCAGAAGAUUCUGAUUCAUAGCUCUGCUCAUCGUCUCUGUGCCGAAAAGAAAAAAACGGUGAAGAGACUACAUGUCCCAGAAGCCCCUGUGAGAGCCAGCUACUUCAUCCUCGUCCUCAUUUCCUCUCUCCUUCCGUUUGGUUGGUUGGAUGAGUCCCAAACAGCAACAGAACUUUGAGCAGUGAUUGGGCGCUGAGCCAGACCGGGUAGCCAACGGGGAGCCAGGCUAGCCAUCAUGGCGGACGUGGACCCAGACACCCUGCUGGAGUGGCUGCAGAUGGGUCAGGGCGAUGAGCGCGACAUGCAGCUCAUCGCUCUGGAGCAGCUCUGCAUGCUGCUGCUCAUGUCGGACAACGUCGACCGCUGCUUCGAGACGUGUCCUCCUCGGACGUUCCUGCCGGCGCUCUGUAAGAUCUUCCUGGACGAGAGCGCUCCAGAUAACGUGCUGGAGGUCACAGCCAGAGCUAUCACCUACUACCUGGACGUGUCUGCCGAGUGCACCCGGAGGAUUGUGGGAGUGGACGGGGCCAUCAAGGCGCUGUGCAACCGGCUGGUGGUGGUGGAGCUCAACAACAGGACCAGCAGAGAUCUCGCCGAGCAGUGUGUCAAGGUGCUGGAGCUGAUCUGUACCCGGGAGUCUGGUGCCGUGUUCGAGGCUGGCGGUCUGAACUGUGUGCUGAGUUUCAUCAGAGACAGCGGUCACCUGGUUCACAAAGACACUCUGCACUCGGCCAUGGCCGUGGUGUCCCGACUCUGCAGCAAGAUGGAGCCUCAGGACUCGUCUCUGGAGACCUGCGUCGAGUCUCUGUCCAGCCUCCUCAAACACGAGGACCACCAGGUGUCAGAUGGUGCUCUGCGCUGCUUCGCCUCAUUGGCUGACCGGUUCACACGCCGGGGUGUGGACCCCGCCCCUUUAGCCAAACAUGGCCUGACGGAGGAGCUGCUGUCCCGCAUGGCUGCCGCCGGUGGCACGGUGUCGGGUCCCGCCUCUUCCUGUAAGCCUGGCCGGACCUCAACCGGCGCCGCUCCCUCGGCUCCCGACUCCAAACUAAGCAACCAGGUGUCGACCAUCGUCAGCCUGCUGUCCACGCUGUGCAGAGGGUCACCGCUUGUCACACAUGACCUGUUGCGUUCAGCCCUGCCUGACUCGAUGGAGUCGGCUCUGGGAGGAGACGAGCGCUGUGUGCUGGACACCAUGCGGCUGGUGGACCUCCUGCUGGUGCUCCUGUUCGAGGGACGAAAGGCGCUGCCCAAAUCCACGGCGGGGUCGACGGGCCGGAUCCCCGGCCUGCGACGCCUCGACAGUUCAGGGGAGAGAUCACACCGACAGCUCAUAGACUGUAUCCGCAGCAAAGACACCGACGCUCUGAUCGACGCCAUCGACACCGGAGCUUUUGAGGUGAACUUCAUGGACGAUGUUGGACAGACGCUGCUCAACUGGGCUUCAGCUUUUGGCACACAGGAAAUGGUGGAGUUUCUGUGUGAGAGGGGGGCGGACGUCAACAGAGGUCAGAGGUCGUCCUCACUACACUACGCUGCCUGUUUUGGACGCCCACAAGUAGCCAAGACUCUGCUGCGUCACGGAGCUAACCCUGACCUGAGAGACGAGGACGGGAAAACUCCUCUGGACAAGGCGAGGGAGAGAGGACACAGUGAGGUGGUGGCUAUACUGCAGUCGCCUGGAGACUGGAUGUGUCCGGUGAACAAGGGUGACGACAAGAAGAAGAAAGAUGUGAACAAGGAGGAGGAGGAGGGCAGCGAGCCCAAAGGAGACCCAGAGAUGGCUCCCAUCUACCUGAGGAGACUUCUGCCUGUUUUUGCACAAACCUUUCAGCAAACCAUGCUGCCUUCUAUAAGGAAAGCCAGUCUGGCUCUGAUCAGGAAGAUGGUUCACUACAGCAGUGAGGUUCUGCUGAAGGAGGUGUGUGACAGUGAGACGGGACACAACCUUCCCACUGUGCUGGUGGAGAUCACUGCGACUGUCCUGGACCAGGAGGACGACGACGACGGUCACCUGCUGGCUCUGCAGAUCAUCAGAGACUUGGUGGAUAAAGGAGGAGACGUUUUCCUCGAUCAGCUGGCUCGACUGGGAGUCAUCAACAAGGUGUCCACUCUGGCUGGACCGGCGUCUGAUGACGAGAACGAGGAUGAGGCUAAACCUGAGAAGGAGGAGGAGGUGCAGGAGGACGCGAGGGAGAUCCAGCAGGGGAAGCCGUAUCACUGGAAGGACUGGUCCAUCAUCAGAGGGAGGGACUGUCUCUACAUCUGGUCCGACGCUGCUGCACUGGAGCUCUCCAACGGCUCCAACGGCUGGUUCAGGUUCAUCCUGGAUGGGAAGCUGGCCACCAUGUAUUCUAGUGGGAGUCCAGAGGGCGGGUCGGACAGUUCUGAGUCUCGCAGUGAGUUCCUGGAGAAGCUGCAGCGGGCGCGGAGUCAGGUGAAGCCGGUCACAGCCAGUCAGCCCAUCCUGUCCAGCGUGGGUCCCACUAAGCUGACGGUGGGUAACUGGUCUCUGACCUGCCUGAAGGACGGAGAGAUCGCCAUCCACAACUCUGAUGGGCAGCAGGCCACCAUCCUGAAGGAAGACCUACCGGGCUUCGUCUUUGAGUCCAACAGAGGAACCAAACACUCGUUCACCGCAGAGACCUCACUGGGCUCAGAGUUUGUGACGGGCUGGACGGGGAAGCGAGGCAGGAAGCUGAAGUCGAAGCUGGAGAAGACGAAGCAGAAGGUGAAGAGCAUGGCGAGGGAGCUGUACGACGACCACUUCAAAGCUGUGGAGAGCAUGCCCAGAGGGGUGGUGGUCACCCUGAGGAACAUCUCCACACAGCUGGAGUCCGCCUGGGAGCUGCACACCAACCGACAGUGUAUUGAAGGGGAGAACACAUGGAGGGACCUGAUGAAGACGGCCCUGGAGAACCUGAUCGUAGUUUUGAAGGAUGAAAACACGAUUUCUCCGUAUGAGAUGUGUAGCAGCGGCCUGGUCCAGGCGCUGUUCACUGUCCUCAACAGUAGUGUGGAACUGGACCUGAAACAUGAUUGUAAGCCUUUAAUGGAGAGGAUCAAUGUCUUUAAGGCGGCUUUCAGCGAGAAUGAAGAUGAUGAAAGCCGACCAGCUGUUGCCUUAAUCCGUAAACUGAUAGCUGUCCUGGAGUCAAUAGAACGUCUACCUCUGCACCUGUACGACACUCCAGGCUCCUCAUACAACCUGCAGAUCUUGACGAGGAGGCUGCGGUUCCGUCUGGAGCGAGCGCCGGGCGAGACGGCGCUGAUCGACCGGACGGGUCGCAUGUUGAAGAUGGAACCGCUCGCGACUGUGGAGUCUCUGGAGCAGUACCUGCUGAAGAUGGUGGCGAAGCAGUGGUACGACUUCGAGCGCUCGUCCUUCGUCUUCGUGAGGAAGCUGAGGGAAGGACAGACCUUCACCUUCAGACACCAACACGACUUCGACGAGAACGGAAUCAUCUACUGGGUCGGAACCAAUGCCAAGACGGCGUAUGAGUGGGUAAAUCCUGCUGCCUAUGGCCUCGUGGUGGUGACAUCAUCAGAGGGGCGGAACCUCCCCUACGGGCGACUGGAGGACAUCCUCAGUCGGGACAGCUCUGCUCUCAACUGCCACACUAAUGAUGACAAGAACGCCUGGUUUGCCGUCGACCUCGGCCUCUGGGUCAUUCCCUCAGCGUACACACUGAGACACGCCAGGGGUUACGGCCGCUCUGCGUUGAGGAACUGGGUGUUCCAGGUGUCGAAGGACGGUCAGAACUGGACGACUCUCUACACACACGUAGACGAUUGCAGCCUCAACGAGCCGGGGUCGACGGCCACGUGGCCUCUGGACCCGUCCAAAGAGGAGAAGCAGGGGUGGAGGCACAUCAGGAUCAAACAGAUGGGGAAGAACGCCAGUGGUCAGACUCACUAUCUGUCUCUGUCCGGACUCGAGCUGUACGGCACCGUCACCGCCGUCUGUGAGGACCAGCUCGGUAAAGCUGUGAAGGAGGCGGAGGCGAACCUUCGUCGCCAGCGUCGCCUGUUUCGCUCCCAGGUGAUGAAGUACAUCGUCCCGGGGGCGCGGGUUGUCCGCGGCAUUGACUGGAAGUGGCGCGACCAGGACGGCAACCCGGCCGGAGAGGGCACCGUCACUGGAGAGGCUCACAACGGCUGGAUUGAUGUAACCUGGGAUGCUGGCGGCUCUAACUCUUACCGUAUGGGCGCUGAAGGGAAGUUUGACCUCAAGCUUGCUCCAGGGUACGACCCUGAGUCGGCUGCCACAGCGCCGUCACCCAAACCUGUCUCAUCCACUGUUUCAGGCCCCGCCUCCUCCACGGUGGGACCCUCGGUGACGCCGGCGGCCAGCGGCGGCACCACCACCACCACGUCCUCCUCGUCCUCCUCCACCUCGUCGUCCUCGCAGCAGCAGUCGUGGAGCAGCCUGGUGAAAAAUAACUGUCCAGACAAGGGUGGGGCCACGUCGCUGGGCGGGGCCAGCUCCUCCAGCAGGAAGGGCAGCAGCAGCUCCGUCUGCAGUGUCGCCUCCUCCUCCGACAUCAGCCUGAGCUCCUCCGUGGGGCUGCCGGGCGCCGGGGGUCUGCGGCUGGAGAGGAGGGCCGAGGGGCUGCUGCUCGACCAGGGCUCCGGGGUGGGAGGCGUGACGGGGGUCGGGGUCAGCUCUGAUGGACAGCAGCAGGAGCCGAUCGUCGUGCUGUCCUCUGCGAUGGAGGGCGGCUCCGGCUCGGCGUCCAGCUCCGGCACGCUUACUGCCGACACGCCCGCCCCCGGUGACGAAUCCAGAAACAAGGACUCAUCCGCGUCGAGCACCGACCCGGCUACGGCGAUCUCAAUGGGGCUCGUGAGCGUCAGCUCACCCGACGUCAGCUCCGUGUCGGAGUCAUCCAGCAAGGACACGCCAUCCCAGAGGCCUCUGUGCUCGGCGGCAAACGCUCGGCUCUCUGUCAGCUCCCUGCUGGCCGCCGGCGCUCCCAUGAGCUCCAGCGCCAGCGUGCCCAACCUGUCGUCACGGGAGGCCAGCCUCAUGGAGUCGUUUGUCCGCCGCGCUCCCAACAUGUCGCGCACCAACGCCACCAACAACAUGAACCUGAGCCGCAGCAGCAGCGACAACAACACCAACACGCUGGGCAGGAACGUCAUGAGUACUGCAACUUCUCCUCUCAUGGGUGCUCAGAGCUUUCCUAACCUCACCACCACCGGCACCACCUCCACUGUUACCAUGUCAACCUCCAUAGUAACCAGCAGCAAUAACGUAGCCACAGCAACCACUGGGCUGUCGGUGGGACAGUUGCUAAGCAACACCCUGACGACCAGCCUAACGUCCACGUCCAGCGAGAGCGACACGGGCCAGGAGGCGGAGUUCUCUCUCUAUGACUUCCUGGACAGCUGUCGUGCCAACACGUUAUUGGCUGAGCUGGACGACGAGGAGGACCUCCCGGAGCCCGACGACGACGAUGACGAGAACGAAGACGACAAUCAGGAGGACCAGGAGUACGAGGAGGUCCUGGAGGAGGAGGAGUACGAGACCAAAGGAGGUCGCAGGAGAACGUGGGAUGACGACUUCGUCCUGAAGAGACAGUUCUCUGCUCUCGUCCCCGCCUUCGACCCCCGACCAGGAAGAACCAACGUCCAGCAGACCACAGACCUCGAGAUCCCUCCGCCAGGAACUCCUCGUUCGGAGGUUCAGGAGGAGGUGGAGUGCGCUCCGUCUCCUCACCUGUCGCUCACCCUGAAGGUGGCGGGCCUGGGUACGACCCGGGAGGUGGAGCUUCCUCUGUCCAACUACAAGUCCACCAUCUUCUACUACGUCCAGCGGCUGCUGCAGCUGUCCUGCAACGGAGCCGUGAAGACGGACAAACUGCGCCGCAUCUGGGAGCCGACAUACACGAUAAUGUACAGAGAGCUGAAGGACUCCGACAAAGAGAAGGAGAGCGGGAAGAUGGUGAGUCACGCUCCACACACACACUUGGUGGUUUCCUUGUUACAAACCUCACUUCAUGCCGUUCCCCUCCUGCAGGACUUGUGUGAACACAGCGUUGGCGGUCGCUCGGGUGGUCUGAGCCCGAGCUCCCUUUCAGCCAAUCAGAGCAGUGAGAUUCUGGGCAUGGCCCGCGAGGUGGCGCAGGCGAAGGCGGGCUGCAGCCAGAAUGCCUGUGGAGUCGAGGACGUCCUGCAGCUGCUGCGCAUCCUCUACAUCAUCGGAGGAGAUGCCACCUCCAACCCUCGCACGCUGCAGGAGGAUUUUGACGAGCUGCAGUUCAACGCGUCUCCGGAGGAGUUCACCAGUAAGAAGAUCACAACCAAGAUCCUGCAGCAGAUCGAGGAGCCUCUGGCUCUGGCCAGCGGAGCGCUGCCCGACUGGUGUGAACAGCUCACCUCCAAGUGUCCUUUCCUCAUCCCCUUCGAGACCCGACAGCUUUACUUCACCUGCACGGCGUUCGGAGCGUCCAGGGCGAUUGUGUGGCUCCAGAACCGGCGCGAGGCGACUAUGGAGCGCUCUCGGCCGUCCACCACGGUGAGACGCGACGACCCCGGAGAGUUCAGGGUUGGUCGGCUCAAACACGAGCGAGUCAAAGUGCCCCGAGGAGAAGCCAUGAUGGAGUGGGCCGAGUCCGUCAUGCAGCUCCACGCCGACAGGAAGUCCGUGCUGGAGGUGGAGUUUCAGGGUGAGGAGGGAACCGGUCUGGGUCCGACUCUGGAGUUCUACGCUCUGGUGGCUGCAGAGUUUCAGAGAACGUCUCUGGGGAUCUGGCUGUGUGACGACGACUUCCCCGACGACGAGUCCCGACAGGUGGACCUGGGCGGUGGUCUGAAGCCUCCUGGUUUCUACGUGCAGCGCUCCUGCGGUCUGUUCCCGGCGCCGUUCCCUCAGGACAGCGAGGAGCUGGAGCGGAUCAGCAAGCUCUUCCACUUCCUGGGUGUCUUCCUGGCCAAGUGCAUCCAGGACAACCGGCUGGUGGACCUGCCCGUCUCUCAGCCUUUCUUCAAGCUGCUCUGCAUGGGAGACAUCAAGUCCAACAUGAGCAAGCUGCUGUACCAGUCCCGCAGCUCCCCGCAGGGCCACGACCCCGACAGGCCUCACCUGACGCCCUUCCUGCUGCUGUCGGAGGUGCAGUCGGAGGCGUCCACCGAGGAGAGCCAGGAGACGUACUCAGUGGGCAGCUUCGACGAGGACUCCAAGUCUGAGUUCAUCAUGGACCCCCCGAAACCCAAACCGCCCGCCUGGUACCACGGCAUUCUCACCUGGGACGACUUCCAGCUCGUCAACCCGCACAGAGCUAGUUUCCUGAAGGAGGUGAAGGAGCUGGCGGUGAAGAGGAGGCAGAUUCUGUCCAGUAAGAGUUUAUCUGAAGAUGAGAAGAACACCAGACUGCAGGACCUGAUGCUGAGGAACCCGCUGGGCUCCGGACCCCCCCUCAGUAUCGAGGACCUGGGGUUGAACUUCCAGUUCUGUCCGUCCUCGAAGGUUCACGGUUUCUCAGCUGUGGAUCUGAAACCAAACGGAGACGACGAGAUGGUUACCAUGGAGAACGCAGAGGAGUACGUGGAGCUGAUGUUUGACUUGUGUAUGCACACCGGCAUCCAGAAACAGAUGGAGGCCUUCAGAGAGGGUUUUAAUCGAGUGUUUCCGAUGGAGAAGUUGAGCUCCUUCAGUCAUAAGGAGGUCCAGAUGAUCCUCUGCGGUAACCAAUCACCUUCGUGGACUGCUGAUGACAUCAUCAACUACACGGAACCAAAGCUGGGUUACACCAGAGACAGUCCCGGCUUCCUGCGCUUCGUCAGAGUUUUGUGCGGGAUGUCGUCUGACGAGAGGAAAGCGUUCCUCCAGUUCACCACCGGCUGCUCCACGCUGCCCCCCGGAGGCCUCGCCAACCUGCACCCACGCCUCACCAUCGUCAGGAAGGUCGAUGCCACAGACUCCAGCUACCCAUCAGUCAACACGUGCGUUCACUACCUGAAGCUUCCUGAAUAUUCCUCCGAGGACAUCAUGAGAGAGCGUCUGCUCGCCGCCACCAUGGAGAAAGGCUUCCACCUCAACUGAGCACCGCCGCCGCCGCCACACUGAGCAUGCUCCUCGAGUCCGUCUCGCCGCCCGCCGCGUGAUUGACAGAUCAGCCAGCCAAUCAAACCAGCCGACUGACUGACUGACCGACCGACCGCCUGCUGGAGGACGAGGAGGAGGAUUCAUGUUGCAGAAUAAAUUAAAGCUCACAUCCUUAACCUUCAUCACCAUCAUCAUCCUCACCCAGCUGAGCUGCUGUGUGUGUGUGUGUGUGUGUGUGUGUGUGUGUGUGUGAGUGUGUGAGAGAGAGAGAGUGUGUGUGUGUGUGUGUGUGUGUGGACCCUCCUUCUGUCUGUCCUCAGUUUAGUGCCUGGUUUGACUCGUAGCUUCUGUCUCCUCCUCAAACAAUCACGCUCCUCCUCCUCCUCUUUUUGUUUUAUUGCUUUUUGUUUCCGUGUGUGUGCGACAGUUUUGGGGUUGUUUCUGACCAGCUGUAGAGGUCAAAGGUCAGAGUGCAUUGUGUGUUCUUUUACGAUGAAGCUAUAGAGACACAAACACUGGUGGUGUGCAGCGAGGCACAUCAGAAGAGAAGAAACAAAUGUAAGAAGCUCUGCUCUCCUUGUAUUUUCUUUGUAUAUUAUAAACAUUUAUUUAACUCGAGUUGCAGUUUGAGGUAAACAGAUAUUUUCAAAUGUGUAUGCUCCAAAAAAAUAAUCAUUAAAAUGUUUGCAAAGUAUGAAGUAAA